AUGCCUAGCUUCAAGUUCCAUCUCAUUCAAGUUCCAUCUCAUCCAACAACCAUGAAGAACAAACUCCGGGUCUUCCUUUCCUUACAGCAUCGCUCUGCGCUCUCGAUCCGCGAAAACAGACAAGCGACUCGGCCACGCAGCCUUUCACUGGGUGACGGAAUCCUUCUAGACGAGACAACCGGCAUGAAUCUGAACACAGACGGCAACUGGAACUUCCGAGAGAAGACCUACACCGAUCCCCAAGCGAUUGCUCACUUUUUAGGAAGCGUGAUGAUUGGGAAAUUACCCAAGGAAAUCACUAACGCGGAUAUUCGUGAUAUUCUCAAGGAUAUUGCACUACCACAACCCGGUGCUAAACCGGAACAAAACUGCGUUAGCUGGACCAGAAAUGCUAUUAUGGAAUUGCAAGAGAAGGGUCUUGUUGAGCAGUGCGAUCUUGAUCGGUUCAUGGAUGAUGCACUCGCCUGCGCAGAUAAACGCUUACGAGACUACAGCUCUACACCUGCUAGCAUCAAUUACACAGACCGGCCUAUGUGA